GUCUGAGAAGUAGCCUCCACAAGCACGGAAUCUUGUUGCCUAUAUAAAACCCCCCCACCACCACCUCUUAAUUCUCUUCUUAAAUCUCCCCUACCUUGAAAUCACAACUCUCUCCCAUUAAUUCCCAUCCCUUCUUGUUCUCCCCUCUUGGGUCUCUAAACUCUCUAGCUCUCUAAUUAAUUAUUAUAUAUAUACUCUCUCCUUGUUGUUGUUGUUGUUUUGUUUUUUUUUUUUUUUUUUUUUUUUUUGUCUUUUUUGUUUGCCCCAAAUAAUCAAUGGAUCAGAGCACACAAUUACCCCCCGGGUUUAGGUUCCACCCAACAGAUGAAGAGCUCAUCACCCACUACCUCUCUCCCAAGAUUGGGAACCAUGGUUUCACCUCUUGGGCCAUUGGUGAGGUGGACCUCAACAAGUGUGAGCCAUGGACUCUCUCGAGCAAGGCUAAGAUGGGAGGGAAGGAGCUGUACUUUUUCUAUCACAAGGAUAGAAAAUACCCAACAGGGACAAGAACCAAUAGGGCCACAGAAUCCGGGUAUUGGAAAGCCACAGGAAAAGAUAAGGAGAUAUAUAGAGGGAAAAACCUUGUUGGUAUGAAAAAAACCCUUGUGUUCUACCUGGGUAGAGCCCCCAAGGGAGAGAAAACCAACUGGGUCAUGCAUGAAUAUAGGCUCGAAGGGAAACUCCCUCCCCACAUCCACAGAUCCUCAAAGGAUGAAUGGGUUGUGUGCAGGGUCUUCGAUAAGAGCCUAAGUGUUAAGACCACACCACCAAACCCUGGACUUGGGAGGAUCAACGAGCCCUUUGGGAAUUACGAUCUGUUGGAUUCAGCAACAUUGCCCCCUCUCAUCGACCCUUCCUACAAUGGCUCCGGUUACGUCGACUGCGUCAGCGACGGCGCGCUCGGCAUCGACGAAAUCGACUCCGGCAUCUCCGUUCCGAACCAGUACUUGAAUCAAAACGAACCUGACGAUCUCAUGUUCUACCCUACCAUGCCCCCUCCAGGAUCCUACUUCGUGCCGUCCGCGCCGACGAACGUGGCCAGGUACUUGCACCGCCACGAAGAGGCGGAGAUGGUCCGCGCUCUGGCCGCCGCCAACGACACGUCGGCAGCGGCCAUCAGGCGGCACUGCAAGGCCGAGCAGCAGUCGCGCCAGUCGGCGACGUCGGUCACCGCAGCGAGCGCCGACCGGAACCCGAAGAUCGCUCCGGUGUUCUCAACGACGACGACGCCCUACGGCGACCUCGACGACCCUCCUCCCUUCGAUGGCAUGUGGAAAUAUUGAGAUCAUAUAUAUAUAGUGGAUCGAGUUUGAUUUAUUAGUUGAUGCUGUGACCUUGCACCAUGGCCUCUCAUGUCUAAUUGUUCAGACGCUGAGAAGUGCCUUGUUUUUUUCUCGGUAUUGUUUCUAAAAAUUUGUGAUUGCCCUAGCAUAAAUAUAUAUUUAGGACAGAGAUAUAUAAAAGGUGUGAGAACUAGUGUAAAUUAUAUUUUUAAUUUUUUGUUUAAUUAUAACUCAUGACCCAUGUUUGUUGAUUGUAAA